GAGAAAGCAAUGACGUAAUGAAGCUAGAGUCGGGCAGGAAACCACAAUUCCCAAGAUGCACUUGAAAUUACCGUGGCCACUGGACGGGGGAAGGGAAGCUGAGAUUGGAGGGAGAAACAAUCAGAAACUGAGAUAGUUUGUGCAUAUGACAGCACCUCCACAGGACUCCUGCCAUACAAGAAGUCUCUGCAUGACCCACAUCUGUAGGGACACCUGCAGUUCUUACUUUGGACGUGUGCUGCUGAAGACCUAGCACAGCGUCAGCGCAAGUAAAUCCUACUUUACUGGGACCUCUAGGCACAUACUGGAUUUGCGAUGAAGUGUCUCGGACAGGGAGAGCCCAGCCCUGAAAAGAAAUGUCAUUAUCCAGCUUCUGUGUACCUCUGGUGGGGUUGAGGAGUGGGGCAGAUCUGUGGAGGAGAGGAGGGAGGCAGGUUUAUAGGAAACCUGUGUAUUGAUGGACAACCAUUUCCUCCAUUCACCUUUUGUAGACUGAUACCUGCACAUUCCUCCACACUUGCGGUUAAUAAAACCAGACUGCCAUCAGUAACCACACAACCGUUAUGAAGAGAAUAUGAUGUGCACAACGUGGAUUUCUUCUGCCAGUGAGAGUUUUGGGAAAUCAAGCUGCUGAUUGUGGACACUGAGUUCUCUGUGCAUAUGAGGAAAACAUGAAAAAAGCAUAGAUACUUGCAGUCACUAGAAGUGUGCACUACAGAAACCAUGGUGGUCCUUGCAUCAGCUCCUCAGCCCAUCUCAGUUCAUGACUUCAGAAGCCUUUAGAGGCCAAAAUCAGGAACACACUCGACAGCCGACGCGCUCACAUGCAAUGGAAGAAGACAUUGACGUCACAUCCCACAUUGAGGGUCUGAAUGGUUUGUCCCAUGAAUGUAAGCCAUUAGAAGAGCUCACCAAUGGACACUCCAACCAUAAGCCUGUCAUGAAUGGAGUGAUUAUUGGUCACAAUGUCAAAGAUCACACCAACGCCGGUGCACCACUAAGAUCACUGCCGAUUUCAGCGCUGAAGCAGAAUGGUCUUCUGCAGACCCUGGCAGCUGGAGGGGACCAGCCCAAGCCUGCAGAGGAAAAGGAAAAUGCGGAGUUGGAAAAGGCCAGACAGGAGUGGGACGCUCUUGAGAACAUCCAGCCAGCUCUUACUGAGGACUCAAACCCAACACCGCUCAUCCCUUUCAAUGAAGCCCUGCAGUACUUUCAAACCACAGACCUGGGGGACUUGCUGAAAAACAUCCAGCCAACCAUUCGCAGGACCGGCCUUGCCGCAAUCACACACUUCCUCUUCGGACCUCCGCGGCUGCACAGGGAACUCCUGGAAGAGAGGGAUCUCGUCUUUGCCAUCGCACAGUGCCCUGUGGACAACAGCCAAACGGUCCACAUGCGUGUCCUCCAGACCAUUUAUAAGAGGCUGAUUGGCAGCAGGCUGGACUGUCCUCGCUUUGGUGCGCACUGGGAAAACAUUGGCUUUCAGGGUACAGACCCAGCCACUGACCUGCGUGGCACUGGUUUCCUGGGACUGAUGCAUACUCUGUACUUAGUCAUGGACCCAGAGACUCUUCCGUUGGCUAGAGACAUCUACAAGUUAUCACAACACCCUACGCAGAACUUUCCAUUCAGUGUGAUGUCAAUCAACAUGACCCGCAUCGCUCUGCAAGUACUCAGAGAGGAGGCCUUGUCCAAGGAGUGCAAUCGUCGUCAGCAAGUGGUUGGUGUGCUGAAUGAGUUCUACGUUGCCACGUAUCUGCACCUAUACCAACUGUGGAAGACCCAGCAGAAGACCAUUGCUGAUUCUGGCUUUGUGCUCAAAGAGGUGGAGCUGUUUGCCAAAAAGAACCCCAAGCAGAUGCUGCGCCGACUAGAGGUCUUCCUGAAAGAGAGGCGGGCAGGUGGAGUCCCCCGUGGGACGUCGCCAGACUCUCAGGCCCAACAGCCCUCUCCCAGCCUGGGGGAGAGAGGGGCCAGAGCUGGGGCGGGACACGGAAGCAAGGGAAAGGAGAUGCACUUCACAGGAGUGUGUGAUCUACCGCCAGACAUGGAGGGAGAGGCCAGACUUAUCUAAGCUAGACUCUGUGUGAGUGAUUGUGUGAGUGAGAGCAGUUCUGCCUGUGCGUGUAUCUAUUACUGUAUGUGUGUGUGAGUGGCUUACUGAGAGCUAGAAGAAGAGCCCCACCAGACCCUGAUCUAGGACCUGCUAUCUGAACCUGUUCAAACACUUCCCCUCCUUCCACUGAUGCUGGGGUGCUGCACUUUGAUCAGAUUAAGCUUGGGGAUCUUUCAGAGUUCUAUUUGAUUUUUGUUAUUAAUUUAUUUUGAAGCAGGGAACAUAGAACAGUCAAAUAUAUUGAGACCAGAAACACAAGAUGUCACAAAAACAAAAGAAAGUGAAUAUUUGCACUCUUCUGUGGAUUUAGUAGCCAAAUCUACAGCUGCCAAAUUCCUGUGGGUGAACUCUACCUGUCUAGAAGUCCAAAAUGUGCACGUUUGUGUUCCAAGGAUUUCUAAGCCAGGGUUUGUUUGUGUUGCAGAGUGGCUUUCUUUAAAGGCUUGGCAUUUGCUCUCACUCUGAGAUAAUGCCCCAUCAUGUGCAUUUCAAGUGAAGGGCAGCAUCGUCUGGCGUAUUGUUUAACGCUCUGUUAGCUUUAUGGUGAUAAGAGGGAAAAUGAACCAGGCCUUCCAUAAAGCAAACAGAAGCAGGUUUUCUAUCAGAAUGAGUGGGUAGAGGGAGAUGGAAAACUCAGAGGUUCCAGAGUGUUUUGAGAAGGGAGCAGACAUUAUCUAAAAACUCCACAGUAGGGUUAGAAUGCAGCUUGCUUCGAAGGUCUGAUCACUUUGCGUUCUCUGCUGAAGUGUGAAUGAAAUAUGUGAACAAUAUUCAAGAAUGGACGCUCCAGAUGUGUAGAGGUGUAGCCAGGUGUUGGCGUACAACUCGUCUGUCGCCAGAGGUCUGAUAGACUAGGUCCAGAGCUCCCAGUAGAUAUGGGGGAAUAUAUUUUAAAUAAUUUAAAAAAAUAACUAUUUUAGUCCUUUCUUGAGGGACACUUGUCCCUUUAAUCAUAACUUCACAGUUAUGUAUAAAAGCACUUCAGAAUUUUGUUAUCAAAGUAAAGGCUCAGUGACUGUGGGAAGGAUUUUAACUCUGUUAAAAUUCCACCAGAACGUCCAAAACUCUUCUGACUUCUCAACUCUUCAUGAUUAAAGCAAAGGAGACACUUCAUAACAGUCUGUGCUCAGCUCAGUCCCAGCUGAAGCAGAAGGUCUGGUAUGAGCUUUCUCUACAUUCCGUUAUAAAGCAUGUGAUUGUAAUUUUUUUGACCAGUUAAAAAUUUAUUCCAGUGGGUGCGUGUGUGGUAAAAUAAAUGAGCUGAUAUUGAUGAAGGGCGCCUCUCUUAGUAGAUGUAGGAGAUGUAUGGUACAGUAUGCAAUCCCAGCUCUUACUCUAUGAUAAUCAAAACACUAGUGCUGUGUGAUGAUAGAAAUCGUUUCUAACUUCAGGGUUUGUGCACUUGUGCAAGCGAAUGUGUGCGUGUAUGUAUGCGUUUCAUAUGACAGGAACUGACUACAGAUGGGGUGCUUUCCUCUGCACACAAAAAGCCAGCUUUACUAAGUACUUGAUCCACCAAGCUGCAAAGACGGUACAUUUGUCCUUUUAGAAAUGGUACAUAACAUUUGUGAAGACGAUAUUUAUCCUAAGACGAACAACAACAACACAUUUUUGGUUUGCUUUUUUAAAAACCAGAUGUUGGUUCAGCUGGUUUCGGCGGCUCUGUGGCCUGGAAUGGGUAGAGCUCCUCAGCAAAGCUGGUUCCUGCUUUGUGCUAAUGUGAAACCGUCUCCCAUCGUUGUAGUCUUAAUCUGUAGCAUGUUCAGGUAGCACUAGUACUGUAGCAUCCUAUAGCCUCCUCCUCUUCGUAAAGCUUGUUGAUGUCAUGUCUCAGUUACAGUCUGUAGUGUCAAUGAGUGCGCAAACUGUUACUACUAUAGCACAUACAUUUCAUAUUUUUCUUCAACCUUCUUCAGUAGAUCCACAUUUAGGUGGCACGGUGUAUGUUUUGGAGAGACGUGGGAUCGGCUUGGCAUGUUAUUGAGCUCAAACUUGUCUUCUAAGAAGGUGAUAGUGAAUUCGGUGCCUACAUCCAGUAGAGACAUGUGGGGUUAGAGUGCUGGUUGGUCCUCUCUUCCUUAUUUUUGUCUUUCUGUUGAGUGGACUUCCUCCAUUCAUGUAAUGCAGUAAGCAACAGAGUGGACGUUACCCCCCCGAAACGUGCCGGCCUAAUGGGAUAUAUACACAGGCAUGUAAAACUUCGAUGUCAGCAUCUACUCGGACAGUUGUACUUCACCAUCUCCGUUCUCCGCCGUAUAACUUCAGAAAUGAGCUGAUGUAGUUUUGCCAAUUGUUUGCAAGUGUUUUUGAUUGAUCAGGAAAAUUUGCACUGUUGUAGAUUAUUUGAUAGUAUGUGUGACGUAUGCAAGAGGAAACAGGCCAUCUUCAAUAGCCAUAUUGUAAUGUUCAUUCUUGCCCACCUCAUGAAACAGGCUUUGUGAAGUCCCCUCCUCGCUCGGAAGAAGAAAAAAAAGAGGCAAAACCGAUAUGAUCUCAUCUUUAGUUUUUAUUCAAUUUUAAACUGAGGAGCAGUACAGUGUAUGUAAAUCAGGAAGUUUGUAUAUAGAGAAUUAAUGAUUGUAACUGUAUGAUUGUCUGUAGGGCAUUAUACUGAAACACAUUGCUUACCUCAAGACUUGAGACAAAUCUCUCCUUUCUCUCUCCUGAUGUUUGUUUGGCCUCUCUCUCAGUCAGGCUCUUAUUUUUUUAUGUUUCCUUGUAUCUAGGCGUUCUCUCAUACCAAUUGGACAAGUUAUAGGAUGUAUAUUCGCCACCUGAAGCACUACAUGAUAGCAAACUAACACAAAAGCUGGUCAAUGUCGCGUGUAUUCUAUUUAAAAGACACAUUCAUAGACACUACGUAGGCCCACACACACUCUGAUGCACAUCUGCAGGGGGUAAAAAGAAAAUCUUCUUUUAAACCAAUCUAUAAUUGGCUGAUGUUUACCAUGUCAAAAUAAGCUGGUUUUCUUGUGGCUUCAGUGAUAGUACAGUAUACUUUUGCUGUGAUUAAGUGUUUGAUGUCAGGAAAAACACUCAAACAAUCCUGUCUUUACAAACCAACCGUUAGAUAUAUGAUUGUAAAGAUAUAGGCUUGACUCGCAGUCAUAAUACUGUGUAUGCUUUGACCUUGGUAUAUAUUCAGUAUCCAAACAAGGCCUGAUUUAUCCUCUCAUAUUACCAAAAGUUAUAUUUUCAGCAGUUGUAUAGAUCAUGUUCCUAUGCGUUGAUCAUCGUUUGGAGUCUCCUCAGUUGAGAAACCAGAACCAAGAGAAAAAAAAGAAGAAAAAAACGGGUUCUUGCAGGAUGUCGGAUGCUCUGAGAGGUGUGGUCUGAAGUUCUGCUUCCUACAGCAGCAGCUUGACAAAUACAAUCACUUCUCUCAAUAUCCUGCGCUUUAUAUGAAGGUGUUUUACUGUUGCCGUCGUCGUCAUGUCCCUCAGAGCAUUUUAUGACUGUACCUUGAUUGUAGAAGCCCUAUUUUAUACUGAGAGUUAUUUCAAAAUACAGUAUGUGCUGUUGUACAUUAAAUGUAUUGUAUGGAGAAAGCUAAAUAAAUGCUGUUUAAAAACUA